AUGGAUGGAACAUUACAGAACAAAUCUAUUGUUAAUGAAAUUAUUUCCUUCGAUAUUUUUCCACCGGAAGAAUUAGAAGACAUACGAAAAGCAGGCAUUGAAGAUUUGCGUUUUUGCAAACUGAUCGAAUGGUUGUGCAAUGAGAUAUCGGCACUGUAUGGUUUGGAUGAGACAGUGCAUGCACCAGUUGGACCUGAUAAUAUGGAAUUUUUUUUCCUAGAACUUAGUUCAGUAUUAUCUGAAUUAGAAUGCCCAGUGGAUGCAUUAACACGUGGACCAGUUAUGAAACGAUUUCAAUCGAUCGAAAAUCAGACUAAACUGCUUCAUUUCCUUAUUGGGCACAUGAAAUGCGCUCGGUUGACGGCACUGAAUCGGCUGCAGGAAGAAGCACUAGAGUACAAGAGUGAUGAAGUAAUUCACCUGGAAAGUGCAUUCAUUGCAGUUGGUAUGGAUCAAUUACCUGCUGGUAUUAGUGGGAAAGUUUUUUCGACACUAAAGGAUUUGGUUGAGAAACAGAUGGAUAAAUGCAAAGAAAAACCGCAUCCGUUAUUGACCGCAUCAUUAAGUGAUAAUCAAUGGAAAAAAAUCGAAAUGCUAAACGAAAAAUUGGUACAGGAAUAUCGAACUCGGAUUCUAUUAUUGCUUAAACGUCUUGAUGUUACAAUACAAUCGUUCACUUGGUCUGACCGUGUAAAGAAAAUGCAGGAUAAAUUGCAUGAAAUUUAUCGUCCUCGACGAGAACAAAUUGCAGUAACAUCAAAUGUUGGCAUGGAUGAUUUGCUUGCAGCUACGAGUUCCCUUCUAACAGUUGAUAGAAUAAAUAGUGAAAAAGAAAGAAGGCGUACAGCAUCACGCUUAAAUAAGGUAUUGAUGACCGAUCGUCCAGGCGAUCGUGGUGGCAGGCCUUCUGAAUUGCGAGCUCCUCCACCAGAAAUGCCUCCUUGGAUAAAGGAUCGCGUUUCGGAUCGAGAUGGCAAGGGACGAAGUGAUUAUAGUGGCGGAGGACGUGGUUAUCAGAGCGGUAGCGGUGGAUAUCAAGGGGGCGGAAGUUUUCAAGACUAUUAUGGUGGAGGGAAUUAUCAGAGUGGUGGCGGAUAUGAUGAAGGUUAUGGAGGAGGAGGACGAUUUAAAAGUGGUGGUCGAGGUGCAGAUUUUGAAAGUCAGGUUAUGAGAGAAUACGAAGGAUAUUAUAACCAAAGUCAUGAUGGCAAUCGACGUGGUGGUGGUAGAAGAGGACGUGGUGGAUACGGUAGACAACGUGGUUACAGAUGA